AGGCGGAGGAGGAGGAGGAGGAGGAGUGCGGGGGACCAGUAACCAUGCCGCUGCUGCUGCUCCUAUUGCUUCUGCCAGCCUCGCCGGCUCUUCCCUUGCUCCACUGAACGCGGGCUCGUCCCCGCUCCUGGGCAUCCGCUUCCGAGGCAGAAAGUGAGAAGGAAGAGGCAAAGCGGAGGAAAAGGAGGAGGAGGAGGAGGAGGAGGAGGAAGGCAUCUCCAUCCAAGUGGACGAAGAUCAGCCAAAGAGCCAGAGAGAGAGAGAGAGAGAGAGAGAAAGGCGCACGCACGCAAGGAAAGAAGGCAGGCAGGCAGGCAGGCUGGGUGCUUUGCGUGCGCAGCGGCAAAAGGGAUUUAAAGAACCGCAGCGAGUGGCAAGAGGAGGGCAAGCAAAGGGAUCCCAGACCUUCCCGAAGCACCACCCCAGGCGCCCAACCUUCCCAGCGCCAGGUAGACAUGACCUCCACUGGCAAGGAAGGCAGCGGGGCUCAGCACGCACAAUAUGUGGGACCCUACCGCUUGGAGAAGACCCUGGGCAAAGGGCAGACAGGGCUUGUGAAGUUGGGGGUGCAUUGUGUAACAUGUCAAAAGGUCGCUAUAAAAAUUGUCAACAGAGAGAAGCUCAGUGAGUCGGUGCUAAUGAAGGUGGAGCGGGAAAUAGCCAUCCUGAAGUUGAUAGAACACCCUCACGUUUUAAAGCUACAUGAUGUUUAUGAAAAUAAAAAAUAUUUAUAUUUGGUGCUAGAACAUGUAUCUGGUGGAGAACUUUUUGACUAUCUUGUAAAGAAAGGAAGAUUAACGCCAAAAGAAGCCAGGAAAUUUUUUCGACAAAUCAUUUCUGCUUUAGACUUCUGUCAUAGUCAUUCAAUCUGCCACAGGGAUUUAAAACCAGAAAACUUAUUGCUGGAUGAAAAGAAUAAUAUCCGGAUAGCAGACUUUGGGAUGGCAUCACUGCAAGUUGGUGACAGUUUGCUUGAGACAAGUUGUGGGUCACCACAUUAUGCCUGUCCAGAAGUAAUCAGGGGAGAAAAAUAUGAUGGGAGAAAAGCAGAUGUCUGGAGCUGUGGAGUCAUUUUAUUUGCAUUGUUAGUGGGUGCCCUCCCAUUCGAUGACGAUAACUUGCGGCAGCUGCUGGAGAAAGUGAAACGUGGUGUCUUCCAUAUGCCACAUUUCAUCCCCCCAGACUGUCAGAAUCUCCUACGGGGGAUGAUUGAAGUGGAUGCCUCGAAACGGCUAACGCUAGAACACAUUCAGAAGCACAUAUGGUAUAUAGGGGGUAAGAAUGAGCCAGAACCCGAACAACCAAUUCCUCGAAAAGUGCAAAUUCGUUCUCUCCCUUCCUUGGAGGACAUUGAUCCUGAUGUUUUGGAUAGCAUGCACUCGUUAGGUUGCUUUCGUGACAGAAAUAAACUCUUACAGGACCUGCUGUCGGAAGAAGAAAAUCAAGAAAAAAUGAUUUAUUUUCUUCUCCUCGAUCGGAAAGAGAGAUAUCCCAGUCAUGAGGAUGAGGAUCUUCCUCCUAGAAACGAAAUAGAUCCUCCUAGAAAGCGUGUGGAUUCUCCAAUGCUGAACAGACAUGGGAAGCGAAGACCAGAGAGGAAGUCAAUGGAGGUCCUGAGCGUGACUGAUGGCGGAUCCCCAGUUCCAGCUCGUAGAGCAAUCGAAAUGGCACAGCAUGGACAGAGUAAAACAAUGUUCAGUAAAAGCCUGGAUAUCUGUGACGCCAAUCCCAAAUACAACAAAGAAGAAAGGAUGACGAGUGCAGAUGCGUUGGGGUCUCGUUCAAUCAGUGGAGCAUCAUCCGGUCUGUCCACCAGCCCCCUCAGCAGUCCAAGGCCUAUCAGAAAAUUUUUCAUCCCCCCUCAGACUCCUGACCUCCCUUUCACCUCCCGCCCCCAAGUCUCCCUGGACUCUGAUGCGUGUAGGAAUGCCUCCAGGCCUGGACAUGUUCUGCAACCAAAGCCAGCACUUCAACCUAAUCCAAAGACACAGACUUUACCAUCCAAGAGCAAAUUGGCUGAGAAACCACUCCAGUCUACUAAAUCCAAUCCACUCCCCUCUGGCAAUGCUACUGCCCCUGCUCCCCAAAAUGCCCCGGCACAAAACACUCAAGGCCGCCCACCUGCUCCUGGGUUUAGCCCACAGCUGGUUGUUCCUGCUGUGCAAAUCAACCCUCUGUCUCCUAUUAGAUUGCUCCCUUCUAGUACUGACCCAAGCACCAAAUCUAUCCCCAUCAUACAGGUCACCCCUCACCCCUCUCCAAGGGGCAGUCCCCUCCCUACCCCCAAGGGGACACCUGUUCAUACGCCAAAGGAGAGCCCAGCAGGCACACCCAACCCUACGCCACCGUCCAGUCCCAGCAUUGGAGGAAUGCCUUGGAGAACACGACUCAACUCAAUCAAAAACAGCUUCCUGGGAUCUCCUCGCUUCCAUCGCCGGAAAUUGCAAGUACCUACACCAGAAGAGAUGUCCAAUUUAACUCCAGAAUCUUCUCCAGAUUCUGAUGACUGGAUAUUAUACCUUGACAUGUCUAGGCUUGCCAAAAAAUCCUGGUUUGGUAACUUUAUCAACUUAGAGAAAGAAGAACAGAUCUUUGUAGUUAUUAAGGACAAACCACUGAGUUCUAUCAAGGCUGACAUUGUUCAUGCAUUCCUCUCGAUUCCCAGUCUUAGUCAUAGUGUCAUCUCUCAGACAAGCUUCCGUGCAGAGUACAAAUCCACAGGGGGCCCCGCUGUAUUUCAGAAACCAGUCAAGUUCCAGGUGGAUAUAACAUACACAGAAGGUGGUGAGGCCCAGAAAGAGAAUGGGAUCUACUCAGUCACUUUCACACUAUUAUCAGGUCCAAGCCGUCGCUUUAAGAGGGUAGUAGAAACCAUUCAGGCACAAUUGUUAAGCACACAUGACCAGCCUUCAGUGCAGCAGUUAUCAGACACCACUAACUGUAUGGAGUUGAUGACUGGGAGACUUUCCAAAUGUGGCAGCCCAUUGAGUAACUUCUUUGACGUAAUUAAACAACUUUUUUCAGACGAGAAGAACGGGCAGGUGAGCCACCCCCCCGGCACGCCAACCAAGCAUAGCGCAAACAGCAAGCGGAGCGAAUCCGAUACUAAUGACAAUGGGUCUAGAGGAGACACUAAAUACCCUGCUGGCAAAGAGAAGGCAAAGAUGGUCUCGUCACUCGGCCUACAAGACCAACCUUAAAUGCUUUUUUAAAAAACAAAAAAACAGAUUAAAUAACAAAAAAAAAAUACAAAGCCAACCCUAAAUGAAUGGGUAUUCUUUAGUAAGCUAGCCUCUAAAAUAGAUGAUGUAUAUAUAUUGCUACAACAGUACAAAACUGUCUAUAGACAACUUUUGUAAGAAGGAAUGACUGUAUAUAUAUAUAUACAUAUAUAGAUAUAGAUAAAACACACACAUACACAUAUAUAUUUAUAUGAUAUAAUAUUUAUCUCUGAAGCAAAACACAAAAGCAACGAGAAAAGAAAAAAAGGUAGCAAGGAUGACAAACCCAGUUUGACAAAUCUUGGGUUGCUUUUUUCAUCUCCCAGUUCUUUUCACUUGCUUCCCUCCCUCCUGAUCCUCCCUUCCUAUUUUGUUCUUGUUUCGUUCUCUCUGAGUUUCUGACCACCACCACUUGUUUCCACUCUGCUACCAGGAAUUAUCCCGAAAAGUUAACAUGUCAGCCAGCAGCUUCACCUUCUGUGCUCUGCGAUUGCUUGUUCACGGAAGGCUACUGAUGUAAGACUGUCCACGGACUGGUUCUGUUUGGGGACUCCCAGCCUUCCCUCUCUCACUGCAGGAAAUGAGUCUCCUCCCUUCCACUUGCCCUCAACACACACUUUUCUUUUGGUGCUCUGCGCUGGAGAACUGCUCAGUCACAAUUUUUCACAGUUGGAGUUACUGGAGUGGCAUCAUUGCCCAUCCUCAACAGGGCGAAUCCAGACUACGGUGGCUGGGAGGGGGGAAUAUUCUGACAUAUUCAGGCAGUGUUCUCAUUCGACAUUAAGAAGUCCCACCCCACCCCGAGGAAACUUGUCCUCAAUUUUCUUUUGUUUUCCUGUCUCUUUUCUCCACUCCCCUUCAACUCUAUUUUUUAAAAUUGUGUUUGUGUUUUUAUAAUCCUAAAACUUCCUUUUUUCAACCUGCUGAAGGGGCAGGACACAAACUUAGGGAAAACUACAAGAUGAAAGUCAAUUAAAUAUGAACACUGAAACUUAGGGGAAAGGCACCUUUUGGCAGUGAGGAGGAGGUAUGAGAAUCCACCUGUUUGAGGACAAUCUCUUCUGCUGCCACUCGCUGUUGCCACCGCUGCUGCUGCCACCACCGCUGUUCCUCCUCCUGUCUGCAAUUCCCUCCCUUCUUCCCUUAGUUCCUUCCUUCCACACCGGGAUUUUCUUCCGCCAGAUGACUUCUCUGCUGCAUCAUGCAUUUGGAUGCAACUAUUGUGUUCUUAGUGCUGCAUUGAUAUAUCAGUAUUAUGAUUAUUAUUAUUUGCUGGGUUUAUUUAUGUAUUUAUUUAUUGUUUUAUUUAUUCAUUUCGGGCGUGUGUGUAUGUGUGUUUUUAAUGCAAAAGAAGAACAUGGAACGAGAGUCCUUUCCCCCCUCUCCUGUGUGUGUCAGUGUGUGUGCAACUAUUUGAUACUUCAUUCAUUGGAGCAAGCUACGGAGGAGAUAGCACUAUGGGCGAGUUAAACACAAAGCUACUGUAAACUUUUAAAAGUAUUGCAAGAUAUUUUUAUAAACUUUUUUUUCAAAAAGGGAGGGUGGGAUGGAACUUUCAAGUGUGUGUUUUAAGUUAUUAGGUCUCUUAUUAUUUAUAAUGCAUAUAUAAAUAUAUAUAUAUAUUUAAAAAAUAAACUAUUAGAUACCUUCUGCUUUCAUUACAGUGUAGAGGUGACACUGAUUAUUAUUUAUUUGUGGAAGGUGGGAAGAAUGAUGGCAAGACCACUAAAUCCGCUCCUGUUACCAGUAUUUCAAUAUUUUCCCCCUGUGUUUUUCUCCUUUCUUUUCCUCUCUCCAAUGUACCUGAAUUCGGCCCACAUUCAAAGAUUUUCAAAAUCAUGAUCAUGUGUCAGAGACAAAUAACAGCUGGAGAAAUUCUCCUUUACCGAUAUGUUUUAAAAUGUAGAUUUAGUAUUAAUGUUCAAUUAAUUCCCUUAUGACCUUCAAUUGCUGUUUGUUUGUUUGUUCCUAUGAGUGUAUGUUAUUCUGCAAGACUUUUUAAUGAUAGUAUUAGAUUCCUCUCUCGUGCUUUUAUUUUUUUAUUUCUGGACUUUUCUUUCCACUCUCCUUUUUUUGUCUUGGUUGUUUAUGGAUUUAUUUAUUUAUUUAUUUAUUUAUUUAUUUAUUUAUUUAUUUAUGUGGUCUGUCUUGCACCUGUUCAUUUUUUAAUUGUACAUAGGUUUGAAGAAGAAGAAAAAAAUCUUUUUUUAAAAGAGAGACAAACACGGGAGGGUGCUUUUUGUUUGUUUUUCCUGGUCUGGGAAAAAAACCCUUUUCUCUUGUAUUGCUGGGUGCAUGUCGGACACUGGGAGGGUGAUGGCUGGGGAACGAGGGAGGUGAGGAUGCCAGCAAAUUGGGGGCAGUUUUAAUUGCAUGAUAUUGCUGUAAAUUAGUCUCUUUUGCUUUUGUUGUCUUCUCUGCCUCCACUGUCUCCUUCCCUCUCCCUGAGCUUCCCUUCUGCCACCCUCAGCCUUUCCCCCUUUUUUCUCUUCCCUUGUGUAUAGAUUUUGAUGCUUCUGUUACAUUGUACCUCUACAAAAGGCUGGGAUUUCAAUAUAGAAUUAUACUAUUACUUCUAAUAAUAAUAAUAAUACAGCAAAACCCACAUGGUACAAGCAGGAAGGGAAUUACUUACACAAGACAUAAGAAUAAAUGAAAGCAAUACCUCUUGUUAUCCUUCCUAUUUUGUACUUUGAAGACACAAAUACAUAUGCACACAUGCAGACACAAACUGACAUUGUUUAACAGUUCAAAUGGACAAAGAAGAACCUUCUGAUGUAUACCUUGUUAAAUAACUGUGAGCAACUUUAGUUCAAAAACAAUAAAUUCAUUCAGAAAAGA